AUGGCUGCGCGCAAGACUUUUGUGAUAUUAUUACUAGUAGCUCUUCAAUUGUAUUCAGUAGUUUCUCAAGUCACCACCGAUACUUCCUUUGAAACAUCGAUAACUACGUCAGGAAAUCCUACAGUAACCGAUGGAACUGCGUUAGGAUCCACAGCAGAUCCUACAGUAACCGAUGGAACUGCAUUAGGAACCGAAACAGAUCCUUCAGUAACCGACGGAACUGCGUUAGCAUCCACAGCUGGUCCUACAGUAACCGACGGAACUGCGUUAGGAACCGAAACAGAUCCCUCAGUAACCGACGGAACUACAUUAAAACCUGUAACAGGUCCCCCAACACCACCACCAACAACAACAACUAUUUGUCGAUAUCCCGACCAAAUCGAUUUAUUUAAUAACGGAAGAUGUAUGCCUCGAUCAGCUUACACCGGAAUCUUUUUAUCAAGCAUCAUUUUAGCUGGUAUCUCGUUUUUGAUGUUGAUUGGUUUAUUGAUAUUGGUAUGUACCAAACGUUCUGGACAUUCUGGUUCGGGUUAUAAUGAUUAUGAAUCAAGUGGUGGAAGUGAACAAGGCAGUAUGUCGACAAUACUACCUGCAAAAAGAAUAAAUGAUUCAAAGCCGCAUCCUGGAAGACAAAAUAAGCAAGCAUCACAAAAUGCCCCUUAUACACCUGCAAAACCUGUUGAGAAACCAACAGUUACGGCACACCAAAAAGAUGUUGGUAAAAACCAAUCUCGAUCACGUGACGCACCUUCUAAACCACCUGUUAAUGGUUCUCGUGCUCAACCGGGCACAAGAGAUGGCCAUGGAGCUCGUAAUGCUAAACUUAACGGAAGAAGAUCCGAUAGAGAUGGCAAUAAUGACACAUCAUUUUAG